GGUGUUUCCCGGGGGCCGCCGGGCGCCCGGGUGUUUUGGGGCCCGGGGGGGGGCGGGGGGGGGGGGGCCGGCCGGGGGGGGCCGGCCCGGGGCCCCGGGGGGGCGCCGGGGGGUGUCCGGGCGGGGGCGGGGGGGCGGGGGGGAGGGGGGCGGGGGGGGGGGUUGGGGGGGGGCGGGGAAAGGGGCCUGUCAGAAACCAUCCAGAGCAUGUAUCGCGGACAUGGGAUUGCUGCAGCCUUGGAAACGCACAAGACUCUCCGAAAUGGCCUAGUCCACCCAAAGGCUAAAACACCUGAGGAGAACAUCGCCGUUUGUAUAUACAAACUAGGAUGCAAGAACUGCGAAGCAACAUAUAUCGGAGAAACGGGCAGACGAUUCGAGUACGACUUAAUGAACACUAAAAAGGCGUGGAAUCCUAUGAAGGAAAAAACAGCAAAAAAAACCUGA